GCGAGUGGCCGCGGUGAUAGUUUAGCAUCAGUGGGUUUGACGCCGAAAGAAGACUCGAAUGGUGAACAAAGAGGGGACGCGGACGGGGUCAGAGUCAAUGAGGGCGUGAAACGUCCGAGACUAUCGGUGAACAACACGGCGGUGGUGCGAUCUUUUGAGGAAGAGCCGCGUUAUUCGAAUGCAUCCAUACCAGAGCAUUGUGUUGUGGGUAGAUCGGAUGUUGGAGCGUGCCUCGUUGAGGGUGAUGAAAGCUGUCGGCGUUACUCGGUAGUGUACGGAAGGGUAUCGACACGCGUUCAUAAGCGAUGGGAAAAUGACGGGAUGCUUAUAUGCAAGCAACGUUUUGCGCUGCUUCAAGAUGAGGAUGGUAAAACAGUGGCACAUGUGAGCGCAUUUUCGAAGAAACAGUUGGAGAGUUUAAAAAGCGGAAGUCGACUGGUCAUAAGUGGUUUUGAAUUGGAAAUACAAGAGGUUUUUGAUGAUGACUCAGACAAGCAAAGUCCCACUUCAUCUGCGAAGCAAACAUUUCAAUCGCAUGCUUCUCAAAAAACAUCCAGCCUAACGUCAUCAUCUCAAGCGACAGUAGGUAAUAGUUCAGUAUUGAGAAAUAAGUUUGUUCAACCACUUCUAAAUAGAUUAUCAGAGGAAUGCAAUCGAACAGCUGAGGUGUUCAUUGUAAAUAAAGAUGCAAAAUGUGACGUAGACGAUGGAGAAGAUAUUAUCUUAGAUAGUCACAUAGCACGCUAUUUGAGACCACAUCAGAAGGACGGUAUUACAUUCCUUUAUAAACAACUCGUAAAGCCGAACAGCGGUGUGAUAUUGGCCGACGAAAUGGGUUUGGGUAAGAGUGUGCAAACGAUUGCCAUAAUAUGGAUCUUAUUGAAGCAGUUCAAAACUAGAAGGAACCACAAAAAUAAGUUACUUCCGGCGGCAAAUAAUAGCCAAGAUAAUAGCAGUUUAAAAUUUCUUUUAAUCACACCCACAUCGUUAGUUGAUAAUUGGCGUUUCGAGUUCAACAAAUGGUUACCACAUUCCGCAUCGUCACUGGUUUCUGCUGUGACAAAAGCGGAUGAUAUACGUAAAUUUUCGAUCUAUUCAACGCAUAGUCCAGUGCUGUUAUUAAGCUACGAAAUGGCAUUGCGUUGUCGAGAGGUAUUAGAGCGAUGUACAUUUACGUUGAUGAUUUGUGAUGAGGCACAUCGUCUCAAGAAUUCGCUCUCAAAUCUUCGAAUCUUUAUUAGUAGCAUUUGUGCGCAGAGACGUUUAUUACUGACCGGAACGCCGAUUCAGAACGAUCUGAAUGAAUUUUUCUCGUUGGUCGAUCUCGUGAAACCGGGGAAAUUUGAAAAUUUUAGCGAAUUUAAAAAUUUAGUCGACGAUGAAAAUAAGGAAGCUGAUCUUCAAACGUUUUUAUCAGAUUUGAUGUUGCGACGUACAUCUGAUGUGAUAUCCAGCUAUCUCCCUCCAAAACGUAAUAAUCAGUCAAAUGAAUAUGAUCUCAAUGAACGGGUUUUGAGAAUGUUCCCAACGCAUUUUGAGGCACAGAACUGUUCGAUUGGUGAUUCAGGAAAAUUACGAGUUUUCAUUGAAAUUAUGGUUUCAUUACGUGAAAAGAAUGAAAAAGUAGUGAUCGUCUCGAAUUUUACGAAGACUUUGGACAUGUUAGAGGAACUUUGUAAAGGACUAUUCUUUAGUACGAUCCGUUUAGAUGGUUCUGUGAUGGCAAACAAACGACUAAAUCUUGUAAAUGAUUUCAAUAAUUCUUCUGAUAAUAGUCAAGUGUUCUUGUUAAGCACUAAAGCUGGUGGCGUUGGACUAAAUUUAAUAGGCGCCAGCCGGUUGAUACUGUUCGAUUCAGACUGGAAUCCGGCACAUGACGUUCAGGCAAUGGCACGUAUAUGGAGAGAUGGACAAAAAAGACCGUGCUUCAUUUAUCGUCUUGUUACGACGGGAACAAUUGAUGAGAAAAUACUGCAAAGACAAGUGAAAAAGAGUGGUUUAAGUAGUGUGGUGGAAUUGGAUUCACUCAGUGAACCAGUGACUGCAUUCGCAGAAGAGGAUUUGCGUGAUAUAUUCAGUUUGGAUAGCGAAUGUGAAUGUGCAACACAUGAGCUGAUGGCGUGUUCUUGUGGUGGCGAUGGCUCAUUGGAAGUGGAGAGGAAUUUGACGUUGAAUGGCGAUGACGAUGAUUUUGAGAAGGCUGACGGUGACGGUAAUAGCAUGCGAACGGAUAUCACUGAUAAUGAUAGUAGCAAUGAUAAUAGUUCGAAGAAGGAUAAAGAAAACGAUAAAACAACCGAUGAACCGUCAACACAUAAACAUCACGGUAUUGAGUCCUCAUCUGCUGAUGUUGUUGAAAGUGAUGUUGAACGAAAUAAUGCGAUGGUUUCGAGUAUGGAUUGUGAUAAUAUCGGUGAUAAUACUGGUGAUAAUUUGGUGAAUAAGUGUACAUUGUCACCAUCAUCAUCGUCAAUUUUCGAUGAUAUUGAACAGAGUUAUACAAAUGAACAACACCAAAAAGGUCAGUCAAUAAUAACAUCAACAACUACAACACAGCCGCAACAAUUUGACAGUAUAGUGAACAGGUGA